AUGGCAGAGUUGAUAUCUAUUAACUCCUCAUUGGAAAGAAGAGCAGGAUCAGGAGCUGGAGCAAGAACAAGAGGACCAGGAGCCGGAGAGCGGCGGUGGAAGGUUUUGAGAGGAGGAGGCUCGGAAAGAGGAGCGGGAGCAGGAGCAAGAGCCAGAGCAGGAGGAGAGGAAAGAGGGGGAGCUUGUGGGGGAGGGGAGAGGGAGGGAAAGAGCGGAGGAGACUGCAUGGUGCUGGAGGGGCAAGUGGGUGGUGGCGGGUCAGAGACGGUGGAGGGAGCAGGAAGAGUAGGAUAUGAACUGGCAGGAGGAGGAAGACUGUCAAAGUCAGCCCAAGUAAGAGAAGGUGGCGGAGGAGAGGGGGAAGCUUUGGUGGAGGGAUAA